CCAUACAUGUGGUGCUGCUUCACCUUAAAUUUACGGAAUUUGUAUGCACUAGGUGUCAAGGCUUUAAAUUUCCUAAAAAGCAACCCAACCAAUAAACGUUUAUUAGUAAUUCAGACAUGAGUUGCGAUCUAUAUAUUUGUGUGUAUGGUUCCCAAGAAGUCUCCCCCCAAGCUCAGGCGUGCAAGAUACAUGUAAAGGGCUUAUCUUUUGAAACCAUAUAUAUUCACAAGCAUCUUCUAAGACCUAUGUAUUUCUAUCGUGUGUGAAGGUGAAAUCCAAAUGCUUUAGGGUCUAAACACGCCAUACAAUAUUGAUCAGCAAGCCGCGCGCAGCUAGAGAUCAUUGAGUGGUAAGUGAUGAUCAUGGAACGUCAUGAUAAUGGUGAUGAAAAUAAUGAUGAAAAUAAUGGCGAAUUAUCUGCAUCCUCCCUUGAAGACUCGAGAGCUUCGAGUGAAGGAUCAACAUCAUCAUCCUCAGACAUGGUGGACGAUGCAUCUUCACCAAAUUCAUUUUCUUUUUCAUCCGCACAUGCCAGUGGACCUCUGUUUGAAUUGUCGGAGCUCAUGGCCCAACUACCCAUCAAGAGAGGACUUUCCAGGUACUUUGAAGGCAAGUCUCAGUCUUUUACAUCUCUUUCAAGGGUGAUGAGCAUAGAAGACCUAGCAAAGAAGGAAACUCCUUAUAGAAGAAAAAUGAAGCCGUGCAAGAGCUACGGGGGUGGCUUGGAUAACCACAAACCAUACACUACCCUUCCCAAGGCAACCAUUUCUAAGAAGGCGUCUAGAUCAGGCUCUUUGUCUUUUCCAAGUAGAAGAGGAAGUUUCUUGUCUAUCAGUAGGCCCCCUCCAAUCCCUGUUCAGAAGAACUUUUGAUCUGUAAUGAAACCUAUUAAAAGCAUGAUCUGGCCGGAGAAAUACAAUGUUUUAACUCGAGGUUAUAUAUUUAGGGUAAGGAGCAGAUCAUGUAUUCAGAAAAUUAGCUCCAGUCCUCAUGUACAAAAAAUAAUUUUUUUUUUUUUUUUUUUGGCGAUAUGUACAAAAAAUAAUUAAUGAGUGCCUUUGGCGCGGCUGUAAUUUUUAUUUUUAUUUUUUGUAAGCGUAUGCUAGUUAGUUUUCAGCUAUAUGAUAAUUCAUUCAAAGUGAA